CGAACGACUUUAGUCGAUGCACCAGUACCACACCACACCACAGCCCCCUUCUUCUUCAUCGUCUUCUUCUUCUUCUUGCAGGGGUCCUUUUCGUAGCCGUUUUUGUUGCCGGUCGGUCUCGUCCUCGUCCUCGGAAUCGUCAAACUCUGUUUCACUUUGUCUCAGAAGUGUUUUUUCGUCUGUCUGAAAUGGAUUUCGACGGUUGAAAUUUGGUAAAAUCUGCAGAAAAGGCCUCUGGUUUGUUCGUUUUUGCACUCGGGUUGACCCUGACCCUGUUCCUGACCCGACCCGGACAUGAUGGACUUCUCCUCGAUGUUCUGCUGCGUCAAGAGCUCAGAUCGGAAAAAGCAAGGUAAGAAGGAAGCGACGUGGAGGAUUUUUUCACUGAAAGAAUUGCAAUUAGCUACCAACAAUUUUAACUACGAUAAUAAGCUUGGAGAAGGUGGAUUUGGUAGUGUGUAUUGGGGACAGCUCUGGGAUGGUUCUCAGAUAGCCGUGAAAAGGCUCAAGUCAUGGAGCAACAAAGCCGAGGUGGAGUUCUCCGUCGAGGUCGAGAUCCUCGCCCGCGUCCGCCACAAGAACCUGCUCACCCUCCGGGGAUACUGCGCCGAGGGGCAAGAACGUCUUAUCGUCUACGACUACAUGACCAAUCUCAGUCUCCUAUCUCAUCUCCACGGCCAGCAUUCCGCCGAGUGCCACCUCGACUGGCCCCGGAGAAUGAACAUCGCCAUCGGCGCAGCCGAGGGCAUCGUUUACCUCCACCAUUACGCGACGCCGCAUAUAAUCCACCGUGACAUUAAGGCGAGCAACGUAUUGCUCGACGGCGAUUUCAAGGCCCAGGUCGCCGAUUUCGGGUUCGCUAAAUUCAUCCCUGACGGCGCGACGCAUGUGACGACCCGGGUCAAGGGCACGCUCGGGUAUCUCGCUCCCGAAUACGCCAUGCUCGGAAAAGCCUCCGAGAGCUGCGACGUCUACAGCUUCGGGAUACUUUUACUCGAGCUCGCCAGCGGUAAGAAACCGCUCGAGAAGAUGAGCUCGACGAUGAAACGCGCGAUCACCGAUUGGGCUCUUCCGCUUGCAUGCGAGAGGAAGUUCGACGAAAUUGCGGAUCGGAGGCUGAACGGGAAUUACGUCGAGGACGAGCUGAAACGGGUUGUCUUCGUCGGGCUUAUCUGCGCGCAUAACCGUCCCGAGAAACGACCGACGAUGCUCGAAGUUGUCGAGCUGCUGAAAGGGGAUAAAGAGAAGUUCGAAGCUAUCGAAGACGACGAAAUGUUUAAAAACGUCGCGGCAGAUUCGAUCGUCGACGAUAGCUCCGAAUUCGUGUCGGAAGAUAAGGAGAAGGAGGCGAAACAAGAAAUCGAAGAUGUUAAAGAGCUCUACGAGACGACGAUGGCUACUACUACUACGUCUGCGUAAAGUUUGUCGAAAUAUCGAUACUAUUUUCUGCUCGGUUUGCUCGUUUUUUCGCCAAAAUCGAUCGGAGAACUUUCGACGUCGAAAAAAAGAUCGGAAUUUGAUGUGAUUUUUCUUGAAAAAACUAUUUGCUUGUGGUUUUGAGUAGAACUAUUGGUGUUGGUUUGUUAAUGAUCUGUUUGGCUAAGAAAUUUUUUACAGUUUCUUAACGGUUUCUUCAUCUUCUACAA